UCCAUUCGUCCCACACUGACAGAUACAGAACUUUCUCAGGGAGGAGCGUGAGAGGCUCAGCGAGGCUUUCCCUGACAUCCUUCACUUGUGACAACGUGUAUCUGAGAUCCACAUACUUCUACUGUCUGUGAUACCCUGAGACUUACUGUACACUGCUUUCCAAUGGAGUACUCCGCUGUAUGGACUGUCAUCAUCUUCUCCAUCCUCAGAGUCUGCAAAGUGCACGCUCUUCUACCAAUCCCCUUAAUAAUCUUGGAAGACAAGGUUGAGCUGAAUGCAGAGACAAAGGUGAGCUGUGUGUUACCGUCCAGUGAUUGCCAUUGCUUGGAGGUAGAGCUAAAAAUCGUCACUAAAGAGAAGCUCAAGAACUGUGUCUCCCAUAAGGGGAACUUCUCUAAUGUCACCUGCACACUGGAUGUCACCAAGGAAAUGAAUGGGAUAGAGCUGUCCUGUGAGGCUCACUUCAAAACAAAGAGCAAGCCUUAUAAGCUAAAUAUUCAGACUGAACCUGAGUUCACAGACUGCUCUGACAAGUUGGUGUGGCUUGAGGGACAGGAGAGCAGCUUCAACUGCCAGGCCAAAGGACACCCUCUACCCACCGUAACCUGUGAGAAAAACAACACCAUCUAUAAGGUCGAGGAGAAAUUCACAGCUAUGAGAAAUAUGUCUGGAGAGUAUACUUGUAGAGCCACAAACUUUGACACCAUCACAAAACCAGUAACAGUGUCUGUGGAAUAUGAGCCUAAAAUACUGAGCAUUGUUGUGCAGCCCUCCAUGCCUGUGCUGGAAGGGGCAAAUAUAACAUUGACUUGUGAGGCAGAUGCAGUACCCACUCCAACCUAUAGCUGGCAUCCUCAGACGCCUCAUGUCACAUUCCUUAAUAACAACAGGACUAUACAGAUCAAGGAGGUGACCAGUGCACACGAAGGCUUCUACAUCUGCAUAGCACAGAACAAGUAUGGGAUCAAGACACUGCAACAGAAAAUUGUUGUGGACAGGGAGGAGAUCGAGUCUGCAACAAAUCCAGCACUAUUUGUGCAAGACAAAAACAACAACAGAGGUGACACGACGGACGCAGCAUUCUCCAAGAUUCUGGCCCUGUUGUUAUCUUCGAGUUUAUUAUAUUAUUUCUGUUAAUUGCAUCUGUAUUUGCCACGUUAGAAAACAAAGCACUCAAAAAGCUAUGUGCACUAUGAAAUUCUCGGUGUGUGUUUGGAUUAAAACAUUCCUUAAUAAAAUGUGUUUGCUGUCUUUA